AAAAAAAAAUCCCCUCACGCACUUGGUUCUUUAACCCUCCUCCCAGGGAGGCACGCAUUGCUUCUUUCCUUUCCCUUCAAUGCAAAUAAAACCCUCUAGCCCAUAUUCUCGGGGGGUUAUUCUCGUGAUCUUUUCAUCCCUCACGUAACAUCGUCGACUCUUGGCAGCACGUGCACGGAUUCUGUGAAGUUCGAAUCACCCCGUAUAUAUAUAUGUAUAUGUAUCACACAAGUGAGAGGGAAAAUUUGGUUGUGAGCGAGAUGAGAAAACUCGUACCGGCAGGGGGUUUGGUUGGAUGUUGAGGGGGUGGGAAAACCAGAGGGGUAGCUCGCUCACCCUUAACCGAAGUCUCUCUCUCUCGGCCAAGCUCAGUGCGGCCUGAACGCUUAGCCGGCCUACGUCGUUGCAUGUUAUCGUGUUUCUUUGAUAACGUGGAAUUUAGAAGAAAAAAGAGAAAAAAAAAUUAAAUAAUAAUAUAAAUAAAAAUUUGCAUUUCUAUACUAAAUUGUAUGUUUCGUGAGGUCUAUAUUUUAAUUGGCCUUUCAUUAGCGUGACGGUGAAGGAUUUUUUUUUUUCUUGUUACUAUAUACUUUAUACCGGGAGAAUAUACAAGAAUUGACAGUGAACUCUGAUCGCUGCAGCGACCCCAUGACGAGAUAGAGACAAAGCAGACUGGACGUUGGUUAUAUAGCGGAAGUCAUUUGUCAAGAAGUUUUGGAUUAUAAGGACAAGAGAGAGAAAAUAAAGCUCGAGUUCGCGAACGAUGAACCGUAAAUCGGGAAUGUAGACGGAAAAAAAACGGAUCUGCCCCUCGCAGGAUCGAAGGAAGGUCCUUUCCUCCACCUUCUUCAUCACUUCAUCGUCACCUCAUCCUUGACCACCAACCUCACAUCCAUUGCUUCGACUUGGAAACUGCGAGGACACGAUGCCGAAUAAUCAAAGAAAGAUUGAACCAAGAGUGGAGACACUGUUGGUGGUGAUGUUCCUGAUAACGGUUGGCCUUGACCUUGCAAGGUGUUCGCCACCUCACAGAAGUAGACACCAUGCGGAUUUGUCGCACGAGGAACCGAAGAAUAUGAGAUCGAUAGAGGUCAACGAGGAGUUACCGCGAGCUGAGCCGCUUGGCUCGAUCCCGGAGGACGAUCAUCUGAUCGUUCAAACACGAACGGGUCGGGUGAAGGGUAUGACCUUGACUGCUACAACUGGCAAAAAGGUCGAUGCUUGGUUCGGCAUCCCUUAUGCACAAAAACCCAUUGGUUCAUUAAGGUUUCGACAUCCAAGGCCAGCAGAAUCUUGGCAAGGAGUUCUUAACGCGACUUCACUGCCGAACAGUUGUGUUCAAAUUCUAGACACCGUCUUUGGGGAUUUCGCCGGAGCAACAAUGUGGAAUCCUAAUACAGCACUUAGUGAGGAUUGUCUUUAUGUAAAUGUAGUAGUUCCGCGACCCAGGCCUACUAAUGCCGCUGUCAUGGUAUGGAUAUUCGGUGGUGGUUUCUACUCCGGGUCGGCAACCCUGGACGUCUAUGAUCAUAGGACCCUUGUAUCUGAGGAAAACAUUAUCUUAGUGUCAAUGCAGUAUCGAGUCGCUAGUCUCGGUUUUCUUUACUUUGGGACCUACGACGUGCCGGGCAAUGCCGGCCUGUUCGAUCAACUUAUGGCACUUCAAUGGGUACAUGACAAUAUUGCAUUUUUUGGAGGAAAUCCAGACAACGUCACACUCUUUGGUGAAAGUGCCGGUGCUGUUUCUGUGUCAAUGCACUUACUAUCACCUUUAUCUAGGCAAUUAUUCAGUCAGGCAAUAAUGCAGUCGGGUUCGCCAACCGCUCCAUGGGCGAUAAUAUCCCGUGAGGAGUCGAAAAUCCGAGGUAUCCGAUUAGCGGAAGCAGUUGGUUGUCCGCAUGAUGAAAAUGCACUUCAAGAAGCUAUUGAUUGUCUCCUCUUAAAAGAUCCAGUUGAAUUGGUCAAUAGUGAAUGGGGCACUUUAGGUAUUUGUGAAUUUCCCUUUGUUCCUGUAAUUGAUGGUUCCUUUCUCGAUGAAACACCACAACGUUCCUUAUUAACGGAAUCAUUUAAGAAGGCUAAUAUUUUAAUGGGCUCAAAUACCGAAGAAGGAUUCUACUUUAUUAUUUAUUAUUUAACGGAAUUAUUUCGCAUUGAUGGCACUGAAGAUGUGAAAGUAUCCAGGGACGAAUUCAUUAAAGCAGUCACGGAAUUAAAUCCCUAUGUUAAUCAAAUUGCACGUACCGCCAUUGUUUAUGAGUAUACAAAUUGGGUUAAUCCCGAUGAUCCUGAUGACAAUCGGAAUGCUCUAGAUAAAAUUGUUGGCGAUUAUCAGUUUACGUGUAAUGUUAACGAAUUCGCUGGCAGAUACGCUGAAACGGGCAACACUGUUUAUAUGUAUUAUUACAAGCACAGAUCGAAAAAUAACCCUUGGCCAAGAUGGACGGGUGUCAUGCACGCUGAUGAAAUUAAUUAUAUUUUUGGAGAGCCACUCGAUCCCUCCAAAGAAUACACCCAGGAAGAGAAACGCUUGUCACAGAGAAUGAUGAAGUACUGGGCAAACUUUGCGAAAACAGGAAAUCCAAAUGAGGGUGACAGUGCAUCUUGGACUGAUGUAUUUUGGCCUCAACAUACUGCUGCUAAAAAGGAUUAUUUAACACUCGAUAUCAACUCAACAGAAAUUGGUUAUGGUCCUAGAGCAAAACAGUGUGCUUUUUGGAAAAAAUAUAUUCCCCAAUUGGUCGCCACCACAGCGAAACUGGAUUCAAAGGAGACAUGCAGCGGUUCGAGUUCUCAGUUGAGGCGCGAGACAAGCUUUUACUCUCUUCUUUCAAUCUUGAAUGUCGCACUCGUUCUCAUCGUUACAAUGAUACCAGUCACAUCGAUUCUAAAUACAAGAGGUUUCGUCUAGCUCACAAGUCCAAUCAUCGCUGUCUCAUUCGGUAGCUAGGCAAAAAAAGAAAGAAA